AUAUCGUACGUGGAAAUCCCCCCUAUGUUUUAGUCAGCGCACGCCCUUUACUGCAGAUGCCUAUGCAUGUGCAAACGACGUAUAAAAAGACUGCAAAUACGUCGACGGAAGUCAGUCUCUCUCGAGGGCAUAAAGGAGAAGGAAUUCUACAUUAUGAUGGCCAACCGCAGGCUCCUCCUCCUGUUCCUUGUGGUCGCUGUGGCCCUCGCCCCGCUCGCCGUCGCUGACCCAUUGCCCGUUGCUGACCCACACAGGCGAUAUCCCGGGUUUGGCUACGGGUAUGGCCACGGUUUUGGCAACGGCUUUGGCCAUGGAUACGGCCACCAUGGGUAUGGCCAUGGGUUUGGCCAUGGCUUUGGCCACCACGGCUAUGGUGGGCCUGGCCAUUUCCUCAGCCAUCUUCUGCAUGGAUUCGGGCAUCAUCACUUCUUCGGAUAGACAGAAAGAGCGUUACGGAUACUAAGACUGUACAUGCGCAUCGAGAUUUUCAUUUUACCGGAUUGCUGUAUAGGUAUUUAUUAAUAAACAAUGAGCUUUAAAA